UGUCCUCCACCUCCUUUCCUAUAUAUCGUAGCCCCUCUUCCUACCGCCACCACUCGCCGCCUCUCUACUGCCUGCACCGCUGUGCUUUUCCACCUUCUCCGUCCACUUCGCGCGCCGCCGCGAUGGAUUCCGUCGCGUCGUGGGGGCUGACCUCGCUCGCCGACGCCGAUCCAGAUGUCUUCGACCUCAUCGAGAGGGAGAAGCGGCGGCAACGCAGCGGCAUCGAGCUGAUCGCCUCCGAGAACUUCACCUCCUUUGCCGUUAUCCAAGCUCUCGGCUCCGCUCUCACCAACAAGUACUCCGAAGGUAUGCCGGGCAACCGCUACUACGGCGGCAACGAUGUCAUUGACGAGAUCGAGAACCUCUGCCGCGAUCGCGCUCUCGCCGCCUUCCGCCUCGACAGUGCCGCCUGGGGCGUUAACGUGCAGCCCUACUCCGGCUCGCCCGCUAACUUCGCCGCCUACACCGCGCUCCUCAACCCGCACGACCGGAUCAUGGGUCUCGACCUCCCGUCCGGCGGACAUCUCACGCACGGCUACUACACCGCCGGCGGGAAAAAGAUCUCUGCUACGUCCAUUUACUUUGAGAGCUUGCCGUACAAGGUGAGCGCCGCCAACGGGUACAUCGAUUACGACAAGCUGGAGGAGAAAGCAAUGGACUUCCGCCCCAAGCUCAUCAUCUGCGGCGGCAGCGCAUACCCCAGGGAUUGGGACUACGCCAGGCUCAGGGCUGUCGCGGACAAGGUCGGGGCCAUGCUGCUCUGCGACAUGGCGCACAUCAGCGGCCUAGUCGCCGCGCAGGAAGCUGCAAAUCCUUUUGAGUUCUGUGAUGUGGUUACCACUACCACACACAAGUCUCUCCGAGGACCAAGGGCCGGCAUGAUCUUCUACCGGAAGGGCCCUAAGCCUCCAAAGAAGGGUCAGCCUGAGGGUGCUGUUUAUGACUAUGAGGACAAGAUUAACUUUGCAGUAUUCCCAUCACUCCAAGGUGGUCCUCACAACCACCAGAUUGCUGCCCUUGCUGUUGCCUUGAAACAAACCAUGACACCUGGAUUCAAGGCCUAUGCAAAGCAGGUCAAGUCCAAUGCUGUUGCCCUUGGAAACUAUCUCAUGAGCAAGGGAUACAAGAUGGUGACAGAUGGAACUGAGAACCACCUUGUUCUAUGGGAUCUCCGCCCUCUUGGGUUGACUGGAAACAAAGUCGAAAAGCUCUGUGACCUUUGUAACAUUACACUGAACAAGAAUGCAGUCUUUGGUGACAGCAGUGCAUUGUCUCCGGGUGGUGUCCGCAUUGGUGCUCCUGCGAUGACUUCAAGGGGUCUGGUUGAGAAGGACUUUGAGCAGAUUGCUGAUUUUCUCCACCAGGCCGUGACAAUCUGCCUGAACAUCCAAAAGCAGCAUGGCAAGCUGCUCAAGGACUUCUCUAAGGGCCUGGUGAACAACAAGGCCAUUGAGAACCUGAAGGUCGAGGUUGAGAAGUUUUCUACUUCCUUCGACAUGCCUGGCUUCACACUGGAGAGCAUGAAGUACAAGGAGUAGGAUGAUGCCUACGGUGUGGUGUGGUUGCAUGAGUACAAGAUGUAGGAUGAUGCAUACGGUGUGGUUGCAUGGUUGGCUCUGCUAAUCGUCAGUUUGCUCCGCGCUUCUAAGCCUUCUUCGGCACCAUGCAAUCCUGAUGUACUGCCCCUGGUGAUACGAUGUUUUUUUAUGAAUUUUGUUUGCUCGCUUUGGAUAGGUCCAUAGCCUCUCCCACCUAUUCCUGCUCCGUUUGCCGUCCACAUUGGAUAAUGUUUUGUUGUAGAAUUUGUUUGCUUGUAAUCAUGGAAUGGAGUAUUUGCCAAUAAUUUUUAUAGUGUAUUCAAGGGGGGCGGAGUGGAUUUUUAUUGGA